AUGCAAUAUAACCGCCUAGGUCACUCCGGCCUCAAAAUCUCCCGAAUAAUCCUCGGUGGCAUGGCCUUCGGGUCUCCCAACUGGGAAGGCUCGCCCUGGACCCUCGACGAAGCCUCCUCCUUAGCCGUCAUAAAGCGGGCCUACGACCUUGGUAUCAACACCUGGGACACAGCCAACACAUAUAGCAACGGACGCAGCGAGAUAAUCCUCGGAAAAGCGCUCCAACAGUUCGGCAUCCCACGUAGCAAAGUCGUUAUUUUAUCGAAACUGUAUUAUCCAGUCAUGGACGACGAGUCGCGACCACAGCCACCGGAUUCGUAUUCAAAGGAGUUGGUGAAUCAAAUGGGGUUGAGUCGCAAGCAUAUUUUUGAUGCGGUAGAUGCGUCUCUCGCCCGUUUGAAUACAACAUAUAUUGAUGUCUUACAACUGCACCGCCUCGACCGCGAGACUUCCCCCGAGGAAAUUAUGCGUGCGCUGCACGAUCUCGUGUGUAUAGGGAAGGUCCACUAUAUAGGCGCAAGCUCGAUGCACACGUGGGAAUUCGCGCGACUUCAGUAUACCGCCAAAAUGCAUGGUUGGACGGGAUUUACGUCAAUGCAGCCGUUUUAUAAUCUAUUAUAUCGUGAGGAAGAAAGGGAGAUGUUGCCGUUCUGCGCUUCUGAAGGAAUUGGUGUUAUCCCGUGGUCGCCGCUUGCGAGGGGGCUGUUAGCGAAAUCGGUGGGGGAGACUUCAGAACGGAAUGAGGCGGAUGCAAAAUCAAGGGCGUGGUUUGGGGAUGCGAAGUUGGAGAUUGUGCGGAGGGUGGAAGAAGUGGCAAAGAGGAAGGGGGUGAGUAUGGCUAGUGUGGCGACUGCGUGGGUAAUGAGAAAGGGAUAUUGUCCGAUUGUGGGGCUGACAAGCAUGGAGAGGGUGGAUGGGAUUAUGGAAUCAUUGGGAGUAGAAAUGAGUGAUGAAGAGUGCCGGCAUUUAGAAGAGGCGUAUAGACCUCGAGCUGUGCUGGGAAUGUAG